AUUGCCUUCUGUUGCCCGAGGCCCCUGCCCAGUGGUAGGUUGCCGUCUGUUGCCCGAGGCCCCUGCCCAGUGGUAGGUUGCCGUCUGUUGCCCGAGCCCCUGUUGAGGGGUAGAUUGCCUUCUGUUGCCCGAGGCCCCUGCCCAGUGGUAGGUUGCCGUCUGUUGCCCGAGCCCCUGCCCAGGGGUAGAUUGUCGCCUGUUGCCCGAGCCCCAAGCCUAAAGGGGGGAGAUUGCCUGAAGACCCCCCCUGUG